AUGGCUGAGAGCGGGAACUCCGGACAAUCUGACCAAGUAUUCACCUCAGCGGAUCGCAUCCGACAACUUAACGAAGUGGACAAGGAUGUGGCAAGACUGAUCCACUCCGCCGGCCUCGCAGUCCAAGCCCUGACCAACGCUAGAUCGACCGAUACCUCAUCCACCGACAGCUCACUUGAGUCGCAUAAAGCGCGGUUCCGAGAAGCUACGUCGCAAUACUUUGCGCUCCUCUCUUCUAUCGAUGUCAGACUGCGCCGUCAAGUGUACGCGCUCGAAGAAGCCAACAUCCUUGCCCCAGAGUCGACUUCUAGAGCGGGCGAUCUAGCCGGUGCGGGCAGCGCGGCAGCCACAGGUGCAUCGAACCCGCUGGAUGUCAGCUGGCUUAACAGCAGGAAGGAUACCGUAGGGAAAGACAAGGAGGCUGAGCUGUGGGCCGCAGCUAGGGGAUUUGUCGAGCAGGUUGGCAAAACCUCGACUGUUGACGUGAAGAUGGAGGAUGGUCAGGAGAAGAUGGAGGUCGAUUGA